GAGAUUCGAAGGUGUUCGUUCUUCAAAAAAGGCCAUCACACCGCGUGCUCACCGUGGUUUGUGAACACUUUUACUGCUUCCCAUCACCCAGGAGGUCGCUUGUUUCAGAACACUACCAUGAAAUUCUACUGGGAAAUUGAGAGAUGUUAUGAGAACAAUAGUUCUGCAACAUCUGUAGAUGUAGUUAACCGCCUCAAGACUCGCGGGAUUAUCGUCAGCACUGCCCACAUCAAAAGGCUGCGACGGCGUCUAGGAUUCAAGAAAACUACAACCAAAUAUUGCCACACAAUAAGAGACACUAAUAAGCUGGCUCGUCUCGAUUUCUGUUCAGAAAUGCUUGCGGCAGGAGUAAUGUUUUCUGACUGUGUCUUUACCGACGAAUGCACAGUUCAAAGAUAUUGCCGUCUUGUGCAGGACAACGCGCCACCACAUAAAAGUCGCUAUACGAGCGACAAGCUUAGGAGCUGGGGGGUCGAUACCAUGGCGUGGCCCGCGGAGUCACCCGACCUUAACCCAAUCGAACUCGUUUGGGGCAAUAUGAAGAUCUGUAUCAGGAAGCAAGGAGUCCGCAGUUUGAACGACCUCAAGGUGGCUAUCGCCAAGUACUGGAAAACGCUCACCCCAGAAGUAUGCGCCAAAUACGUUGGCGGUAUCAGGAGGAGGAUGGAGCGUAUUGUAGAGCAACGAGGAAGAAAUAUUAUUGAGAAUAAGUAA